GAGGCGAGAGUGGCGUGGUAUUCGUGCGCGCGGCUGAGCAGACAAGUGAGCGGAGAGCGAGUUACAGAGCGAAAAGCAGGCCGAAAGUCGUCGGUGCCGAGUGGCCGAAAGUGUUUUACGUCAAGUGCGUGUGCAGCGGGGCCGCGCGACGCCUGGCGCCGCCCAAGGGACACAUCCAUCGGGUCUGCUUCGCCGCGAGAGUGCAGAGUGAAGCAUGACGACCGACAUCAGCAUGGUCCGCUGGGACCCCAGCCAGCAGCAGGAGAUCGUCGAUGACUUUGAGUACGACGGCGGAAACUCGUCCUCCAGACUCUUCGAACGCUCCAGAAUCAAAGCCCUCGCCGACGAGCGAGAGAGCGUACAGAAGAAGACGUUCCAGAAAUGGGUCAACUCGCACCUGGUGCGCGUCAAUUGCCGCAUCGGCGACCUCUACGUGGACAUGCGCGACGGAAAAAUGCUGAUCAAGCUGCUUGAAGUUCUGUCCGGCGAACGCCUCCCGAGGCCGACCAAGGGCAAGAUGCGCAUCCACUGCCUGGAGAACGUGGACAAGGCGCUGCAGUUCCUCCGCGAACAGCGCGUCCACCUUGAAAACAUGGGCUCGCACGACAUCGUCGACGGCAACCCAAGACUCAACCUCGGCCUCAUCUGGACCAUCAUCCUCAGGUUCCAGAUCCAAGACAUCACAAUCGAGGAGACAGACAACAAAGAGACAAAAUCGGCCAAGGACGCGCUGCUGCUUUGGUGUCAGAUGAAGACGGCCGGCUACCACAACGUGAACGUGCGCAACUUCACGACGUCGUGGCGCGACGGUUUGGCGUUCAACGCGCUGAUCCACAAGCACCGUCCGGACCUGAUCCAGUUCGACAAGCUGUCCAAGUCGAACGCCAUGCACAACCUGAACAACGCGUUCAACGUGGCCGAGGAAAAGUUGGGGCUGACCAAGCUGCUGGACGCGGAGGACGUGUUCGUCGAGCAGCCGGACGAGAAGUCGAUCAUCACCUACGUCGUCACCUACUACCACUACUUCUCCAAACUGAAGCAGGAGACCGUGCAGGGCAAGCGAAUCGGAAAGGUGGUCGGCAUCGCCAUGGACAACGACAAGAUGAUCGCAGAGUACGAGUCGCUCACUUCGGACCUGCUCAAGUGGAUCGAGGCCACCAUCGACAGCCUCGGCGACAGGAAUUUCGCCAAUUCGCUCACUGGCGUGCAGACCCAGCUCGCCCAGUUCAGCUCCUACCGCACAGUCGAAAAGCCCCCCAAGUUCGUGGAAAAGGGCAAUUUGGAGGUGUUGCUGUUCACGCUGCAGUCGAAGAUGCGUGCCAACAACCAAAAGCCGUACACGCCUCGCGAGGGCAAGAUGAUCUCGGACAUCAACAAGGCGUGGGAGCGUCUGGAGAAGGCGGAGCACGAGCGCGAGUUGGCGCUGCGCGAGGAGCUGAUCCGGCAGGAGAAGCUGGAGCAGCUGGCGGCGCGUUUCAACCGCAAGGCCAGCAUGCGCGAGACCUGGCUCAGCGAGAACCAGAGGCUCGUCUCGCAGGACAAUUUCGGAUUCGACCUGGGAGCGGUCGAGGCCGCGGCCAAGAAGCACGAGGCCAUCGAGACGGACAUUCUGGCGUACGAGGAACGCGUGCAGGCCGUCGUCGCCGUCAGCCAGGAGCUCGAGGCUGAAAAUUAUCACGAUAUCGAGAGGAUCAACGCCAGGAAGGACAACGUCCUCCGCCUCUGGAACUACCUGCUCGAGCUGCUGCGCGCCAGACGCGCCAGGCUCGAGAUGUCCCUGCAGCUGCAGCAGAACUUCCAGGAGAUGAUGUACAUCCUGGACUCGAUGGAGGAGCUGAAGGUGCGUCUGCUGUCGGACGACUACGGCAAGCACCUGAUGGGCGUGGAGGACCUCCUCCAGAAGCACGCCCUGGUCGAGGCCGACGUCAACGUGCUGGGCGAACGCGUCAAGGCCGUCGUGGAGCACUCGCAGCGCUUCGCCGCCGAGCAGGAGGACGAUGCCGGCUCAGGAUACAGGCCCAGCGACCCCUCGGCCGUCGUCGAACGCGUCCAGCAGCUUGAGAGCGCCUUCACCGAGCUCGUGCGGCUGGCGGUCGAGCGCCGCCUCCGCCUCGAGGAGAGCCGCAAACUGUGGCAGUUCUACUGGGACACUGCUGACGAGGAGAACUGGAUCAAGGAAAAGGAGCAGAUCGUGUCGACGGGCGACAUCGGGCACGACCUAACGACGAUCCACCUGCUGCUGUCCAAGCACAAGGCCUUGGAGAACGAGGUGAACAGCCACGAGCACCAGCUGCAGGGCGUGGUGCAGACCGGCGACGAGCUGGUGCGCCAGGGCCACUUCGGCGCCGACCGCGUGCAGGAGCGCCUCGACGAACUGGGCGCCGCGUGGCAGCACCUCGUCCAAACGGCGGCCGCCAGACGCAGACGCCUCGAGGAGGCCGUCGACUUCCACCAGUUCUUCGCCGACGCCGAUGAUGUGGACAUUUGGAUGCUCGACACGCUGCGCCUCGUGUCCAGCGAGGACGUCGGGCGCGACGAGGCCAACGUCCAGUCGCUGCUCAAGAAGCACAAAGACGUCAGCGACGAGCUCAAGGCUUACGCUGCCACUGUCGACGCCCUGAAACAGCAGGCCGCCCUCCUCGGAGAGCAGGAUCGCCAGUCCGAAGUGGUGACGCAGCGUCUCGCGAGCAUCGACUCGCGAUACGCCGAGCUGCUGGAGCUGGCCAAGCUGAGGAAGCAGCGUCUCCUCGACGCUCUGUCGCUCUACAAGCUGCUGAGCGAGGCGGACGGCGUCGAGCAGUGGCUCGGCGAGAAGCAGCGCAUGCUCGCCACCAUGGUGCCUGCUAAGGACGUAGAAGACGUCGAAAUCAUGCGACACAGAUAUGACGGCUUUGACAAGGAGAUGAACGCAAACGCGUCUCGCGUAGCGGUGGUGAACCAGUUGGCGCGGCAGCUGCUGCACGUGGAGCACCCAGACUCCGCUCGCAUCGUGGCCCGGCAGAACGAGCUGAACCACGGCUGGGCUGAGCUGCGCGAGCGCGCCGACGCCAAGCGCGAGGAGCUGGCGUCCGCGCACGGCGUGCAGACCUUCCACGUCGAGUGCCGCGAGACGCUGCUCUGGAUCGAGGACAAGAAGCGCAUUCUGCAGAGCACCGACGCCCUCGAGAUGGAUUUGACCGGAAUAAUGACCCUGCAGAGACGUCUCUCCGGCAUGGAGCGUGACCUGGCGGCCAUUCAGGCCAAGUUGAACUCCCUGGAGGCCGAGGCCCAGCACAUCGAGCUGGAGCAUCCUGAAGAGGCGCCGCUCGUCCAGGAACGCAUCACGCAGAUCAGACAGGUUUGGGAGCAGCUGACGCACAUGCUGAAGGAGCGUGACGCCAAGCUGGAGGACGCUGGUGACUUGCACCGCUUCCUGCGCGACCUGGACCACUUCCAGGCGUGGCUGACCAAGUCUCAGACGGAGAUCGCCUCCGAGGACAGCCCCAGUUCGCUGGCCGAGGCCGAAAAGCUGCUCAGCCAGCACCAGAGCAUCCGCGAGGAGAUCGACAACUACACCGACGACUAUACUACCAUGAUGAAGUACGGAGAGAACAUCACCGCGGAGCCCUCGACGCAGGACGACCCGCAGUACAUGUUCCUGCGCGAGCGUCUGAAGGCGCUCAAGGACGGAUGGGAGGAGCUGCACCAGAUGUGGGAGAACAGGCAGAAGCACUUGUCCGAGUCGCUCAACCUGCAGAUGUUCCUGCGCGACGCCAAGCAGGCCGAGGUGCUCCUUUCCCAACAGGAGCACAUCCUCAGCAAGGCUGAAACUCCGGUGAAUUUGGAGCAGGCCGAGAACAUGAUGAAGCGUCACGAGGCGUUCAUCACGACGGUGGAGGCGAACGACGAGAAGAUCAACGCCGUGUGCCAGUUCGCCGGGCGCCUGUGCGACGAGGGCCACCCCGCGGCCGACAAGAUUCAGGCCAAGGCCGAGGACAUCGCCGACAGACGCGGCGCCAACAGACAGAAGGCGCUGGCCCAGCUGGAAAGGCUGCGCGACCAGCUCCUCCUCAGACAAUUCCUGCAGGACUGCGAAGAACUUGGAGAAUGGGUUCAAGAAAAGAACAUCACUGCGCAGGACGAGACUUACCGCAGCGCGAAGACGGUGCACUCGAAGUGGACGCGUCACCAGGCGUUCGAGGCGGAGAUCGCGGCCAACAAGGAGCGGCUGCUGCGCGUGCAGGAGGCCGGCCAGCAGCUGAUGCGCGACAAGCCCGAGAUGGCCGAGCUGGUGCUGCCCAAGACGCAGGAGCUGGGCGCCCAGUUCUCGGACCUCGAGUCGGCCACCAAGGAGAAGGGCGAGCGGCUGUUCGACGCCAACCGAGAGGUGUUGCUCCACCAGACGUGCGACGACAUCGACUCGUGGAUGAACGACCUCGAGAAGCAGAUCGAGCAGGACGACACCGGCUCCGAUCUCGCGUCCGUCAACAUUCUGAUGCAGAAGCAGCAAAUGAUCGAGACCCAGAUGGCCGUCAAGGCGAGACAGGUGUCCGAGCUGGAGCAGCAGACGGACUACCUCCAGCGGACGGUGCCCGAGGACAAGCUGGACGAGAUGAAGCUGAAGAAGGCGAGCGUCGAGAGCCGGUUCGAGCGGCUCAAGGCGCCCCUGGUGGAGCGGCAGGUGCAGCUGGAGAAGAAGAAGGAGGCGUUCCAGUUCCGGCGGGACGUGGAGGACGAGCGGCUGUGGAUCGCCGAGAAGAUGCCGCAGGCGACGUCGUCCGAGCUGGGCACCAGCCUCUUCAACGUGCACAUGCUGAAGAAGAAGAACCAGUCGCUGCGCACCGAGAUCGACAACCACGAGCCGAGGGUGCAGCUCGUGUGCUCCAACGGCCGCAAGCUGAUCGACGAGGACCACGCCGACGCCGGCGAGUUCUCGCGCCUCAUCGACGACCUGCUGCAGCACUGGCAGGAGCUGAGGGACGCCCUCGAGGCCCGCCGCACCCGCCUCCUCCGCUCGGAGCGCGUGCAGCAGUACCUGUUCGACGCCGGCGAGGCCGAGGCCUGGAUGAGCGAGCAGGAGCUCUACAUGAUGGUCGAGGACCGCGGCAAGGACGAGAUCUCCGCGCAGAACCUCAUGAAGAAGCACGAGGCCCUCGAAAGGGCCGUCGAGCACUACGCCGACACCAUCAGGCAGCUCGGCGAGACCGCCAGGCAGCUCACACUCGACAACCACGACGACAGUGAUCAAAUCGCCCUGAAGCAGUCGCAGGUGGAGAAGCUGUACGCCGGUCUGAAGGACCUGGCCGGCGAGAGGAGGGCCAAGCUGGACGAGGCACUGCAGCUGUUCAUGCUGAGCAGGGAGGUCGACGACCUCGAACAGUGGAUUGCCGACAGAGAGGUGGUGGCCGGCAGCCACGAACUCGGCACCGACUACGACCACGUCACUCUGUUGUGGGAGCGUUUCAAGGAGUUCUCGCGCGAGACAGAGGCGUGCGGCUCGGAGAGAGUGUCCAGCGUGAACCAGAUGGCGGACAGCCUGAUCGAGUGCGGCCACUCGGACAGCGCGACCAUCGCCGAGUGGAAGGACGGGCUGAACGAGGCGUGGCAGGACCUGCUCGAGUUGAUCGAGACGCGCACCCAGAUGCUGGUGGCGUCGCGCGAGCUGCACAAGUUCUUCCACGACUGCAAGGACGUGCUCGGCCGCUGCCUCGAGAAGCAGCACGGCAUCUCCGACGAACUCGGACGCGACGCUGGAUCGGUUUCAGCGCUGCAGCGGAAGCACCAGAACUUCCGUCAGGACCUGGUGUCGCUGCAGUCGCAGGUGCAGGGCAUCCGGGACGACUCUGCUCGUCUGCAGGCGUCGUACGCCGGCGACAAGGCCAAGGAGAUCACGAACCGCGAGGCCGAGGUGCUCGCCGCCUGGGCCGCCCUGCACGCUGACUGCGACGCCAGAAACGCCAAGCUGGCCGACACCGGCGACCUCUUCAAAUUCUUUAACAUGGUGCGCAUCCUCAUGCUCUGGAUGGACGACGUCAUCAGGCAGAUGAACACGUCCGAGAAAGCCAGGGACGUGAGUGGAGUUGAACUGCUGAUGAACAACCACCAGAGCCUCAAGGCCGAGAUCGACGCCAGGGAGGACAAUUUCGCCGCGUGCAUCGCGCUCGGCAAGGAACUGCUCGGCCGCAGUCACUAUGCUUCUAAUGAGAUCAAGGAAAAACUCAUAUCACUGACCAACCAGAGAAACUCGCUCCUCAACAGGUGGGAGGAACGCUGGGAAAAUCUCCAACUCAUCCUGGAGGUUUACCAGUUCGCGAGAGACGCUGCUGUCGCGGAGGGUUGGCUCCUAGCACAAGAACCGUACCUGCUGAGCCAGGAAUUGGGCCACUCGAUCGACGACGUCGAAAAUUUGAUUAAGAAACACGAGGCGUUCGAGAAAUCCGCCGCUGCCCAGGAGGAACGUUUCAGUGCCCUCGAGCGGCUGACCACGUUUGAGCUGCGAGAGCUGAAGAGGCGGCAGGAGGAGGAGGAACAGAAGAGACAGGAGGAAAUCGCGGCCAAGACGGCCGUUGUCAGCUCGCCAGAAGAUGUCGCCUCCGACAGAGUGGACAGCCAGCAGGCCCCCGAAGGCGAAAGCGGCAAGGACGACGGACAAGAUGGAGGUCGAGUCGGGCAGCACCGCGUGCCUCCCCUUCCUCCGGUGACGGCUCGCACGCAGCCACGAGCUAACAAACCGCAGCAACCCUCGACCAGUGGCGUUGCCCGCCAGACGGCGGUGACGCCGAGCAAGAAGACCCCGGGCAGCAAGGAGUCGGCCCGCUCCAAGUCUCCGUUCCGCAGCUUCCGUUGGAAGAAGGCAAAGUCCCCGGCGGCGGCCAGUGGCGUCGCCGGCAGCGCCAGCGACGACGAGUCGAACCUAGAACGCGCCUCCGAGCGCGCCACCGCCGACGGAGACAUCUUCGAGGGACUCCUCGUGCGCAAGCACGAGUGGGAAAACACCACCAAGAAGGCCAGCAACAGGUCUUGGGACAAGGUGUUCGUGGUGCUGCGCGUGUCGCAGCUCGUCUUCUACAAGGACCAGAAGAGCGCCAAGGCCACGCCCGACGUGUUCUUCAAGGGCGAGGCGCCGCUCGACCUGCGCGGCGGCUCGAGCGAGGUGGCCAGCGACUACACCAAGAAGAAGCACGUCUUCAGAGUCAAGCUGGCCGGAGGGGCUGAGUUCCUGUUCCAGGCCAAGGACGACGAGGAGAUGAACAAUUGGGUGAGCAACGUCAAAGGAAUGUGUGAUGCCGACAACUCGGCCGGGCCCUCCCGCUCGCAGACCCUGCCAGCUGGCGAGCGCAAGGACGAGCCCAAGAAGCGAAGCUUCUUCACCUUGAAGAAAAACUAAGCAAUGCAAGGAGGGCUGGAGGCCGCUUUCGCUCUCGAAGAAAGAAAAGCCAUCCUAUUGUUGAUCGAGGCAAUCCAAGAGUUACUCAUUUCUAGACAGCUACCUAGAUAUAAAAGAAAGAAAGAAAGAAAAUCCAAACUUUUAUCGCCCGCACCAAAAAAGUAGAAGACGAGCGUCGUCCGACCGUUUGUUUCGCAUUAUGGUUUUUUAAUUUAAACGUAAACUAGACGUACACACACACUCUACGGUUAAUCUUGCAGUUUUUACGGAAUAUAUGCGCGCUGUUUCUGUUUUUCCCUUUCUCCUUUCUCGAUUUGUUGUGCUUGAUUUUAUUGUCUUGAUGGUAAAUGAGCGAUUACUUGGGGGAAUAUAUACAUAAAUAAAGAAGGAAUUAGGAGCUGUUUUUUAUUGUCAUUCGUUUCUCUGCACUGUCGUGUACUGUUGACGAGUCACUACAUUUAUUAAUUAUUCAUUUAUUCUGACGACAAACAGACAAACAAACAAAAUGCUGUUGUGUAUUCUCUAUUUAUGAUGAACAGAAUAUAAAUGAAUUAAAAUUCAAGGCUUGUAUCACUUGUAAGGAACAAUUGUAGCAAAGUGUCUCUUUUAUUUUUCACUGCAUGCACACGCGAAAGAUAAAAAUACAAAGAGAACCAGAUUAUUAUUAUACAUAUAUAAAAAAUACGGCCAGGGAUCAAUUGUGAGAAUUGCGUCGCCUGCGUGUGUUUUAUUGUGCCUGAGAAAUCGGACGGAUUGGCUGGGCUGGGCAGGGCAGGGCACGGGUGCGAAAUUCGACCAUACUUUUAAAUUACGUGUGUGCAGCUUGGACACUGCCGCGCCGCAUUUAAUCGACGACAAAAGAGAAGCCUUUUCCUCCUGUUUUCCAUUCUUGCAUUGCAAUAUUAUAUUUAUAAAAUAAAAAAACAAACGCAGAGAUAGUCUUUAUUCGGCGGGCAGGUGGGUUGGCGUGGGCGCAGGCACACACACUCUUUGAAAAGAAUUGUCUGCACGCUAAGCGUGUCUCUGUUCCCGAAGAUCCUUGCUGCCCCUACUACUCUCUCUUCUCUCAUAGUUUUUGUCAUUAAAGUUAUUUAGCUGCCUAACACA